CUUGUGUUGCCACUUCAGUAACGGCUUGGACUUCGUAGUGGUAGGUUGUUUUCCGGUAAAGUUCAUGUGAGCGUAACUUCAAUUAUUGUCAUUAUUUAGAAUAGCUUUUUGAUCAGACCUGUGCGUGCUAAUAUUUAUCCAAAUAAACUGAGCAAUUUAUCAAUAAAUAGUUUGCAGACGAAUAGAUCUCUUUUUUUUUUAUUGCCGAACAUGGAAUAGCUGUUAUCUACCGUAAAUACUGGUUUCACUUGCUCGCCUGUUUCUAUGAUUAAAAGAUUACACAAUUUUUUAAAUCUUGACAAGAAGAAAGAACGGCGAAUCAACAUGGCUAAUUUUAUGCCAAAAUCUACAUACCCCAAGAAACACAAUCGAAUUGAUCCUGGUCUCUACAAAUUCGCCUCACAGGACGACGAGCGGACAGCGCACAAACUGGAGUCUUUCCUGUGGUCGCUGCUGCACCAGAAAGCUUCCAUCGCCGCCUUUCAGCAAAAUGACCAACAGGAUCCACCGUCGCCUAACACGCAAACGCCUCCCCGUACUCCUCCCAGCGCCAGAGCUGCGUCAGUGCCCCAAAAUUCCUUGCCAAAUACCAACGCGGGUCGGGCACUUGACGUCUCUAACGCAUGCAAGCGGUUCAUCAACGCUAUCAAGGAGCGCGUGGGGCCAGGCUCGCCGCAGAUUUCGUUACCAGAGGACCUCACUGCGAAGCUAGCGGUGAACAUCGUCAGGAUGGUGGAGGCCGAGGAGCGAGGCGUCAGAGGCUGCGCCAUCGUCGUGAUGCUCCACGACGGCGAUAAGAAGACCACACUAGGGAAGGUUGUGUGCGAUCCUUCAUGCGUUACUAAGACCCUCCUGCACCUGCACCUCAACAGGAUGGACAACCCUGAUGCCAGCUCUGGGGAAGGAGAGGCGGCGAAACGAUCUUCGAAAAACAUAAUUUACAUCAGCCCGGGCUACACGCUAGAGAAAACACGCAAGCCUCGACAUCGGCGCACCCGAACCCUAACCUCCUCGUCACAAGGCAGCGGGUCUUCCCUGGAGUCACUCCAAGCCUCCAAGUCCAGUGUGGGGCUUUGUCGGAUGGGAUCACGAGUGUAUGAUCUGUACUAAGCUCAAAAAUUUUAAUGUAAAUACCUAUUUUAGUAUAUUUAGGGACCUAUUCUUAAAGAAAACAUAUGCAGCUAGCACAUUUU